AAGUCGGAUUGGAUCAUGCACGAGUACCGUCUUGAAUCCAACGAGAGUGCACCGCAGCAGGCAAGUGACAGUACGACUUCGCGCUCAAACUACUCUUCUCCUUCUCCGAGCCAAAGCUUGUGAUGCUUCCAUGUUGCAGGAAGAGGGAUGGGUUGUGUGCAGGGUUUUCAAGAAGAGAAUGACGGCGACGCCCAUCGGACGAGCAAGCGGGCAUGACUCCGCAUGCUGGUACGACGAUCAUGCAUCCUUGGUGCCGGAGUUCGAUUCCCCGAGGCAAGCAGGAGCGCGGCCGGAGAUGGCGUUCCUCCAGCUGCCCCAGCUGGAGAGCCCCAAGCUUCCCUUCGACGUUGGCCAUGCAACUGCUCUCCACCCACCCGCGAUCACGCAGGACGACCUGAUGCAAUAUUCCAACAAGCAGCUUCAGGUCUUCUCCGCCUACAACAUCGCCGGAGCUACUGAUCAUUCGGUGGAGCAGGUCACGGACUGGAGGGUGCUCGACAAGUUCGUCGCGUCCCAGCUCAGCCAUGACGGCGGCGUCUGCAAGGAGCUCCACUGCUCCACUUCUGAGAAGACUGAGGUAAAUGCCGAACGUGCUUCGACUUCCAACUGCAGUGGUGCCCAAAUCGAGCUGUGGAAGUGAAGGCGUACGAUAGUUAACUGGAAAUACUGAUCAUUAGGAGGUAAAUAGGUGUCGAAACAUGUGGAAGGCCACGGAUUUAAUGUACAUAACAUGAAAGCCGAGGGUUUGGAUGAUUGACUCUAUCUCUCUCG